CCUGCUUAAACUGCGGGGGAGUCCAGACUCGGUUUCCCGCGCGCUGGGUUUGCGGCUGUACCCUAGGUGCGUUCCUUCCAGCACCAGAGUGUGGGAAAGUGAGCUCUUUGUCCCUCCACUCUCCAGUUCAUUUGGUUCUGGGUGAAGAGCCUUUUAUCUCUGAACCAGCCUGCAGGAGGCCAAGUCAGCUGGUCCCUGGAGAGUAGACCCAAGAGAGUUCUGGUGGCUUUGCUGUCCUGCUCUUGACUUUUCCAGCAGCGGCCGUGCCCACAGUCUGCAUAUGGAAGAUGGAGGCUGAGCUAUCAGGCUUUGAUGUUGACGCCCCCCGAUGGGACCAGCGCACCUUCCUGGGGCGGGUGAAACACUUCUUCAACAUCACAGACCCUCGCACCGUUCUGGUACCAGAGCGGGAGCUGGACUGGGCCAAGGUUAUGGUGGAGAAGAGCAGGAUAGGGGCCAUGCCACCAGGCACCUCUGUGGAGCAGCUGCUUUAUGCCAAGAAGCUAUACGACUCGGCUUUCCACCCUGACACCGGGGAGAAGAUGAAUGUCAUCGGGCGGAUGUCCUUCCAGGUCCCUGGGGGCAUGGUCAUCACAGGCUUCAUGCUCCAGUUCUACAGGACCAUGCCAGCAGUGAUCUUCUGGCAGUGGGUGAACCAGUCCUUCAACGCCUUAGUCAACUACACCAACAGGAAUGCGGCCUCUCCCAUAUCAAACAGGCAGAUGGCCCUUUCCUACGUCACAGCCACAACUACUGCGGUUGCCACUGCUGUGGGCAUGAACAUGUUGACAAAGAGAGCUCCCCCCUUGGUGGCCCGGUGGGUGCCCUUUGCUGCUGUGGCUGCAGCGAACUGUGUCAACAUCCCGAUGAUGCGACAGCAGGAGCUCAUUCAGGGCAUCUGCGUGAAGGACAGGAAUCAGAAUGAGAUCGGUUACUCCCAGAGAGCUGCAGCCAUAGGCAUCGCUCAAGUGGUCAUUUCUCGGAUUAUCAUGGCAGCCCCUGGCAUGAUCUUGCUGCCUGUCCUCAUGGAAAGGCUAGAGAAGUUGCGCUUCAUGAAGAAAGUCAAGUUCCUGCAUGCCCCUUUGCAGGUCAUGCUAUGUGGAUGCUGCCUGGUCUUCAUGGUGCCAGUGGCUUGCGGGCUCUUCCCACAGAUAUGGUAUCAGCUGUGCAUUCCUUGCCCUGUCCCUGAGUGCCUUGGCCCUGCUCUCCCUGACCUGCCGGUUGUCCUAAAGGGGGCAGAAGAGGGCAGGAAGAGCACAUGUGUUGAAUGAAUUGCCAGUUUCCUCUCUGGAACCAGACCUCCAAGACACCAUGAAGGCCAAGUAUAAAGAGCCUGUGCCUUUUGUCUACUUCAACAAGGGUCUCUAAGUGCUCCACUUCAGCAAGGGCUGCCCCCCACCCCCCUUCCUUAGCCCUGUGUGUGCCUGUGCCCUCGUUCCUCUUUGCCAACAGGGCCUGAAGGCCACGGUGUAAUUGGACAAGCUGUGGGGAUGCCUCAUGUUUCCAGUCGGACCCUGGGUUAUUGGACUCCAGGGGAUGAAUAUGAACAAGGGAAGAAAGGCCAAGCCUCUGUCUGCUGCCCUCUUAACCCUCGUCCUCUGGAGACCGGGAGCUGUAAUCAUCUUGGGGAGAAGUUGCUGGAACCUGGGGGAGAUGCUCAGAGAAGAGACACAGCUUGGACAAUGGGAAAAAUCUUUGAUGUUCUCUAGGAUCGAGGAAGAGCCUCUAGGACAAAGAAGGGUGGGUGCCUGGUCCUCUUUCCCCUUCCUUUCCUCAUCUUCUCUCAGGCUGUUAAGUCUGUGAGAAGAGAGAUAGCUUACCUGAGAAGGUCAUACUCUGCCUUGUGUGUGGCCCAGAUUCGAGCCCCAAGAACUCCAUGGGAGAGCCAUAGCACUGGGGGGAGCUCCAGUGCUGCCGUGUCUCUUUCUCUCUCACGAUCUGCAUGGAAAAGACCCAGGAGCAGUGAAAUUGCACAUGUGCGAGGCCCCAGCACCACCAAAAAUAAAUGAAUAAAAGAAUGUGGAACCUUCUGCUCAGGCAACCUUAUCUAACUCAGAAAGGGGAAAGAAUUUUGUGUCAUCUAGGGGUUCACCUUCAGUGUCCCUCUCUGCUUUCUCAUUGGAAAGUUCUUGAGGAGUGCCACUGCAUGUCGAAGCCCCUGGAGUCCUCAGGCUAGCAGUGAUUGAAGUCCGAGGCAGCUGAGUUUCUGUGCCUGGAGCCCUCUCUAUUGACACUGACUUUGUUCUCCUGACCUAACCUCAUGUCUGCUUUUAUUUCUCUAUGUUUAAAAAAUAAACCCACCAACCAUGGGUAAAAAGAA